CGCCGGCCAAGGGCGGCGCCGGUGUGCGGUGUGCGCGGUCCCCGGGGCCGCGGCUCCCAGAGCCCGGCCCCGCCUGCUGCCGCUCCGCCCGGCUCGGCUCCCGGGCCGGCUCCACCUUCCCCCGACACUGCUGUCCGGUAAGUCAGAAAAUCCACUAAGUGUCCGUGGACAGAGGAAUGGAUGAAGAGGCAGUGGCACAUAUACACGACGGAAUACGACUCGGCCGUAAAAAAGAGCGAAAAAAGGCCGUUUGCAGCACCACGGACGGACCCAGAGACUGUCACACUGAGCGAAGUACGGCAGACAGGGAAAGACCAAUAUCAUAUGGUAUCGCUUUGGGUCGAAUUGUCUUGGAAUUGUUUGCAGAUAUUGUACCCAAAACUGCAGAAAAUUUUCGUGCGUUGUGUACAGGAGAAAAAGGCAUUGGACCCACCACUGGGAAACCUCUACAUUUCAAAGGAUGUCCUUUCCAUCGAAUUAUUAAGAGAUUUAUGAUUCAGGGUGGAGACUUCUCAAAUCAGAAUGGGACAGGUGGAGAAAGUAUUUAUGGUGGAAAAUUUGAAGAUGAAAAUUUCCAUUAUAAGCACGGCAAGGAGGGGUUACUGAGCAUGGCGAACGCAGGCCGCAAUACAAACGGCUCUCAGUUCUUCAUCACCAUGGCUCCGAGCCCUCACUUGGAUGGCAAACGCGUGGUGUUUGGCCGGGUGAUUAAAGGAAUGGGUGUGGCAAGGAUUCUGGAGAACGUGGAGGUGAAAGGUGAAAAACCUGCCAAAUUGUGCGUUACUGCAGAGUGCGGAGAGCUGAAGGGAGGGGACGACUGGGGAAUAUUCCCCAAGGAUGGAUCUGGUGACAGUCAUCCAGACUUCCCCGAGGAUGCAGACAUAGAUGUAAAGGAUGUAGAUAAAAUUUUAUUAAUAACGGAAGACUUAAAAAACAUUGGAAAUACUUUUUUCAAAUCCCAGAACUGGGAGAUGGCCAUUAAAAAAUACACAGAAGUUUUAAGGUAUGUGGAAGGCUCGAAAGCUGCUACUGAGAACGCAGGCGGAGCAAAGCUGCAGCCCGUCGCUUUGAGCUGCCUGCUGAAUAUCGGCGCCUGCAAACUGAAGCUGUCCGAUUGGCAGGGAGCAGUCGACAGCUGUUUGGAGGCCCUUGAAAUAGAUCCGGCAAAUACCAAAGCACUGUACCGUAGAGCCCAAGGAUGGCAAGGACUAAAAGAAUACGACCAAGCAUUGGCUGAUCUUAAGAAAGCUCAGGAGAUAGCACCAGAGGAUAAAGCUAUCCAGGCGGAAUUGCGCAAAGUCAAGCAAAAGAUAAAGGCACAGAAAGAUAAAGAGAAGGCAGCUUAUGCAAAAAUGUUUGCUUAAUAAGGAAUUCAGUUUUGCUUAAGUAUGCAUUGAUUGUAUAAAGCGAGUAAGACAAUUGAAGGGUCUUGUCUAGUAUGUGUGAUCCCUAAUGUGUUCCCUCUGAGACUUCAGUUCCCAUUGUUUGCAGUCUAGGAAUACAGGUAGGGAUUCACUCUUAAUAGACCAGUAUUACAAAAUAUGGUGAAGUUGAACUCAUUUUAAAUGGCUCUCUGCAUUACAGAGGAUAAUGGUGUCCACUGUAUUUUAAACUCCUAGACACAUCUUGUUUGAAUAAACAGAUGAAAACUUAA